AAAUAAAUUUAACAAUUUGAAUUCAAGGAGCUGAUUGGAACACGUUUGAACUGUAUGGCGGUUGUUAAGGGAAUGUUAAAAAUAAUUGCAACUAACGAAAAAAUGAAUUACGCGAUAAAAGAAAACGUAAUUAAAAUCCGCUACGUUCAAACACGAUAGCCAAUUACAAACAAUUAUCAAUGUGAAGUAUGAAACAUGCGUGAAGAACAAUACAUGUAAAAAUCGAUAAAUGUGUGUAACCCUACAAUAGGACUAAACUUCUCGCAAUCUAGCGUGUAUAAUAGAAACUAUUUUCAUAACAAACUUGGGCGUUGUCCCAUCGAUGGCGCCACUAGUAUAAAACCCGCUCAAAUAGCGCCUGCGAGCGAUGAUCUUUCUGGAUGUAUUAGCAUUCAUAUACGUAGAUAAUAACUUAACUUGCACAAAUAAAUAAAUAAAUACAUAAAUAAACAUAAAUACAUACAUAAAUUAUAUUACAGAUGAAACUUCAGUUUGUUAUACCAUAUCGAUAGUCCGAAGGCGUUUCACGGUGUGAAAUUCACACAUGUCUCGAUACAUCGAAAUCAAGUCGAUAUUAGGAAACUUAUGAGAGCAAGAAUUAAUAUAAAGUAUCCGAAGAUCGGGAAUGAUAAUCAUCUGAAUAGUUGUUCGUGAACAGUAACCCGCCUAAAGUGUAAUGUACGGGCUACUAAUGAAUGACGUUACAUAAAACAACGUGGAACAACACGUGUGAUGGUGAAAUUUUCAAUUUAUUCAGGUGUUUGGAUUCUUACGAUCCUGUUGUUACUUGCUUCUGUCACCAGAACCGAAAAAUACAACAUAACAAGUACCCUUGACAAUUCCUCCAAUCAUUACCAUUAUAAUCGUUGUUGCCAUCAAUAUCGUGGACGAUCAAAAAAUUACAACUAUUUCUUUAUAAGUUUUACACACGUUUCGCAUGAUACUAUAAUUUUCCCAAACGAAAGAUAUCAUGGAAAUAAUUUACAAAAUAGAUCACUUUAUUCUAAGAAUGCAUUAGUCUCAAAUUCUUCUGCGAAUGUGUCAGACUAUUACGCCAAUGAUAUCCACCAUGUCGAAACAAAACCAAUUUUUGCGUUUAACGAGUCGCCUGAAUUUAUAAAGAAGAAGGAAGCAUCUGGACGUGAUCACGAGGACUAUCUAAAUUGGAAAAAUAUAAUCUGGAGACGAAGAACUUUGUGUUCUGUUUCCGACGAUGAACAGUACGUCGGGGAAACGCCGGUUGAGAAUGUUCUUGGUGAUGUUAAUAAAAAAGAAAAAACGAAAACGUUAUUAGAUUACGACGAUUUGGUUUUCAUGAACGAUCUCGAGGAUCCAGAUUCUUUAAAGCCUCAUAUACGAGUAAAGAGAAGCAAAUCGGAAUCAAACUCCGAUUCGUCAUUCGUGAAUCGACAGGAUUACUUGAAAGAUUUGGCCAGUUCUUUUCCUCGGAAUUACUAUGAAUCGAUGGACGAAAAUUCUUAUGACGAUGACGUCUCACUCGAUGCGAAACGAGAAAUCAAGUCGCAGGCAUUUUUUGCAAACGAUGAACAGCCUAUUGAACUACAUAAUCAGGAAUCAGAAAAAGAUCAAUCAAAAAUGUUUGACAGUAAUCUACUCAGGAUCCUUUCGUCUCCUAAUAUUGGCAGAUUAGCUGGAAACACCGUUAACGAGAGAUCAGUUGCUUCCGAAAAAGUUGCCAAUGUGCCAUCCGAUGUCAAAGCGAACUCGUGUACAGACAAAACAUCUCUGAAUCAGGACAUCGUGUCCCUGGAACGACCAUCCGACGAAUAUGCUUCAGUCGUGAAUCAACGAUCGCCAGACUUAAAUUCGGAAAUCCUAGGUCUUCCGGAAGAUCCUAUGGUAGCAGUAGAAUUAGUUAGAAAGAAACGAAACAAUCGCGCGAAGGCUGAAAAGAAAAGAAACUUGCGAGAGCCGGAUCAGAAAACGAAGAAAUCGUUCAGCGAAGAAAAACGAUCGGUUUUGGAUCCAGAGAAAUCCUCGAGGGACUCGAGUUCUGAAAGUUCGAGCAGAAGAUUAUCGAAGUUGGCUAUUGCUGAUUUAAAGGCGGAUUUGUUGCGACUGAAGAGAACUGCGAAGAACGAUCAACGCGAGAAACGUUUAAAGGCGAAGAAGAAAAAGAAACACGCGGAAAAGAAGAAGAAUAUUUCUUCGAGAUCGGCAAAAAGUCUGCGCUCGAAGAAUCGCUCGAGAUUGCCACGCGAAAAGAACAACGGUGAAACGAGAAGUGGGGGUAAAUCAAACGUAGGGUUUGCUAGUGUAGCGUCUAAAAAAAAUAAUGACAACAAUUUUCGCCGUAGAUCCGUAAAAUCGAAAGACACGAUCGAGAGAAUAGAUCCCAGCGACGAUCGUUCUUCGAUACGUGACGCGUUGUCGAUACAGACUGGGUUGAAACAAAUCGAGGGGAAUGAAAUCAAUGCUGAUCGCUCUGAAAUUUUAUUGGCUGCGCAGAGAGGAAACGACCCCGGUGACGUUGUGGCGGAAACGGAUGAGAGCUCGGACGAUCAAAGGGUUGAGGAGGAAGGACCUCUCACGAAUUACGAAAAGUCGAGAAUACCGACGAUAGAUGGGUCAAAAUUACGCACGAAACGAGACAGAAAUCCUGAAGGAAACCACGGAUUUCUAAACGAGGAAGACGAAUUAAGAUACUACGAGGAAAUUCGAGAGCCUGAGGAAGGCAUGGUUCCAUGUGCUAAUCUAGAUGACGGUCCACCUUUAGAGGUCAACGAUGCUGAUGGCAAACGAGCGGUGCGAUCGAUCGACGAAGUCAAAGAACUCGUCAAGAAAUUGGUGACAAAAGUGAAUGAACUUGACAAUUAUCUAAACGUCGACGAGGUUAACAAGAACGAGAAGGGAGUGAAGAAGAUUCGAACUCGCGCGAUCGAUGAUUUAUGUUCAAACGUCAGCACCGGUUGCGCCGCUUUCAAGGAGAUGCCCAAGAUCGUUCAGAGAUGCGUCCCGUCGACUGACCACCGAUUUACGUCUACAACGAAGACUAUAGUCGAGAGGAAAGCAGAAGAAAGUGGAAACACCGACGAACAUAAACGUUUGAUCGUGAAAAGCGACGAUUCGGAAAAGGGACGAUCGACGCGCCAACGUGCGACCAGGACGCUAUCGAAAGCGUCCAAAGCAGCUCGUAGAGAAAGUUCAGAAAAUCAGAAAAGACAGAACAGUAAAUGGGGCAGGUGGACAGACUGGAGCAGCUGUAGUGUCACCUGCGGCAAGGGUCGACAGAUCAGAUGGCGGUAUUGCUUGCACGAUUGUAGCACUGCGGAGACCGAGAUGGAGGAGAAGGCAUGUCAACUGCCAGCUUGUCCGCCUGGAAAAUUCCUCGGGAUAUUUUAAGAUUCUCGUGUCUACCUCUAUUUUAACGUACAUUCUAAUUUUGUAUGUCGAUAUAUAAAAUAUUUAUAUUGUAUGUUUUGUAUAAGACAAUAAGGGAAAAUGUAUCAUUAAAUAAACAAUUAGAAAUGUGGUUCUACAUACCUGUGGAGUGUGCUGUAGUUUCGCCGAGGAGGGAUGUCUCGUUUGAUGGAGGAAGAAUUCACUACUACAAAUGAACGAUUAAACAUCGAUUAUUAACGCAGUUGUGUAACAAAUCGCAUGAUUAUUUUUUUUUUCGUCUCAUUACCAAAUACACAAUAUAUUUUAAAGGAUAUUUUAAACAAAACGUCUUUUCCUUUCGAACGUAUUCACGAGUAACGAGUUUUCGUUGCUUACAGGAAGUUUACUGUAACCCAAUAAUCGCGUUUUCACUAACUAGACACGGCAAACCGCCGUUCUCUUAAUAAUUGUUACAAAAUAUGAGCGAUCAAGGACUGGCUUUUUUUGUUACUCGCGAAUAUUUUGCGGUAUCAACGUACAACGUUGGCGGGUAAACGGUCGUUUCGUAAAUGUACAAUUUUGUGUGUUCACUUAAACGGAAUCACUCUGUUUCCUUCUGUCUACGGUCCGCACGUUUUCUACACUCGUAAAAUCUCAUAUCACACAUAUCGUUUACUCAACAGCAUUCAGUUUCUCUCGUUUCGUUGUCUUACAAGCUAGCUUUUUUUAUUGUGAAAACCGUACAAACGUGUUCUUCUCGUGAGGUUCGACGAUUCGCUGUAAAAUUUUCCAAACUCAAGAUCCUCGGAAACCGUUCGCCUAGAUUCAGAUUACGUGUAACUCCACACUCAUGCGGAGGGGCAGUUUCAGCGAAAAUUCAUGCUUACAUUAUAAAACGUUUACAUAUCUACAUGAAACGGUGCACAUUCGUUCCGUGUGUUCGCGCGUAGACAAAAAUCACAGUGAUAUCGCACGAUUACGAUUGAUCUCAAUACCGUGCGGCGUAAGUAUUUACUUAUUAUUUCCUUUUUUUCCUCGUUUUAUUAUUUUCAUCGACCGUGAGUUCCACACGGUGGUGAGGUUUCUCGACGUAAGGGAGCUUUCGUUUAUCGAUGAUGCGCACAAGUUCUCACACGUCAUAGCACGAGAACUUGAGCCAAACCGCACGCUUACAAAGUUACAAAAGUAAAACACCCUUCCCCGAAGGGGCGAUUUCAAUAUUUUUCAAUUCCUUAAAAAAGUUCGGGUAACGCUUAAGAGAAACGACAAAACGCCCAAGAGAUCGUGCUAUGACAGUUCACCCAAAAAGAACAAGAGAUCCCGUCGAUGCGGCGUCUCCAAUUAGUAAUAUCCGGCUUGUCCAAGGGACCACUUACAUAUACAAA